ACGCGUUUGCAGUCUCAGGGGUUUGCAUAGCACUUCAACUGCCGCAAGUGGUGGGCUGUAUAUCUGGGACUCGUACGCUUCGUUACGGAGCUGCGAGGGAAAGAUGCAUUAUUCUGCAUCGACAACAUUGCAACUGUUGGGUAUUUCAACCAUCAAGGCGGUUUUGCGCUCUCGUCACCUGUCACAUCUCCCCCUUCAUCCUUUGAGCACAUGGCAGGUUUAGGUGAUUUAUCGCAAGCGGUAUCUAACACCAUUACUGCAGUGCGAGCCCUGUCUACUAAACACGUGUACACGCUUAAAUAGCGUAGGCGAAGACCCCUGAGAAUGCCCAUUAAUGUUGUGCUUUCAUACCUUCAACUCGGUUGAAUGGUAGGCUGUCACCCUCCACCAUUAAAGUUGACGUUACCGGGAUAUCUGCUCAUCACUCUUUAAUAAACGACAAAUCGGUCAGCCAGCACGACCUAGUUAUUAGGGUUUUAAGAGGAGCUCGAAGGCUGCAUCCUUCGCGCCCUCCCUCUAUUCCUCCUUGGGACCUGUCCAUGGUGCUGAAAGCUCUGCAGGAAAAUCCAUUUGAGCCUCUGCAGUCGGUGAGUCUAAGUUUUUCACAAUGAAAGCUCUGACCCUUCUCGCAUUGGCCUCCGUUAAGAGGGUAGGGGACCUACAUGCAUUCCCCAUCGACGAUUCGUGCCUUCAGUUUGGUCCUCCGCUCUCGAGUGUAACACUCAGACCCAGACCAGGCUAUGUGCCCAAAGUUCCCACCACUCCUUUCAGAGAUCAGGUGGUGAGCUUGCAAGCGCUGCCCCCGGAGGAGGCAGACCCAACCAUGGCUUUAUUAUGUCCCGUACGCACGCUGCGCCUCUACGUGGAUCGCACACAAAGCCUCAGGACCUCAGACCAGCUCUUUGUCUGUUACGGUGGUCACCAGAGAGGGAAAGCUGUCACUAAGCAAAGGAUGUCUCAUUGGAAUGUAGACACUAUCCUUGCUUAUAAUCUGCAGGGCACCCCAUGUCCAUUUAAAUUGAGAGCUCACUCCACUACUCUAUAGUAUGGAAGUUUGCAGUUUCGGACACAGCCAGUGUCAACCUAGAAAGUUUUGAACUUGGGAAAAAGGUAACAGGACAGAAAAUAAUGGAGCUUUAUCUCAACCCAGCAAGCAAUAGUCGCCCUUUUACCAUUUAAGUUAAUUAGUGUUCUGAUAUAGUCCGGCUUUGAGUAACCCACUUCUAAAUAAACUUAACUUUGGUUACAUGUGAUUUUUGCCCAAAUAACUUUUUGAUAUUCCAUAAGCAAAGUGAACAGUGAUUACAAGCUGUUUGGUUUCAUUUAUUUGUUUUUAUUUGUUUUUGGGCUAUGGUUUGACAUCUAUAAAAUUUUCACUUACAACCCAAAUUUUGCAUUGUUUUUGCUUAGACGUCUGGGCUCUGUUUGGACAACUAUUAGACGUCUGGUAAACUCAAAAUCACUUGUUGGGAAAUGGCCAUGGAUAAGCCAGUUUGCCUCAUUGAGACAGAGUCAGAUGGGAAGCUGUGUGUACAGCAGUCAGCACUCCAGAUCCUGCUGAAGAUCGAGCAGCCAGUGGUGGUGGUGGCUGUGGUCGGUCUCUAUCGCACCGGGAAAUCCUACCUGAUGAAUCAACUUGCAGGAAAACAAACAGGAUUUGCCCUGGGCAGUACAAUUGAGUCCAAGACGAAGGGCAUCUGGAUGUGGUGUGUGCCACACCCCAUUGAAAAAGAAACCACUCUGGUGCUGCUGGACACUGAGGGACUCGGAGACGUCGAUAAGGGGGACUCAAAGCAUGAUGCCAACAUCUUCUGUCUGGCUGUGUUACUGAGCAGCACUCUGGUAUACAACAGUCAAGGAACGAUUAACAACAAUGCUAUUGAAGAGCUGCACUAUGUUACUGAACUAACAGACUGCAUUAAAGUCAAAUCAUCAAACAAGAAUGUUGACGAGUCAAUCGAGUUUGUGAGCUUCUUCCCUAGUUUCAUCUGGGCUGUAAGAGACUUCACCCUUGAGCUAGAGAUUGAUGGCAAAGAUGCAACAGAAAAUGAAUACCUAGAAUUUGCUCUCAAGCUGAAACAUGGCACUGGGAAUAAUGUGACAAAGUACAACCUACCCAGGGAGUGCAUCCAAAAAUUCUUCCCUUCAAGGACAUGCUUCACUUUCCCAUUUCCAACUGCUCCUAAGAAUGUAUCUCGCCUGGAGAGCUUAAAUACUGCUGACCUUGAACCUGACUUCCUGAAGGUCACAGAUCGUUUCUGCAAGUUUGUCUUUCAGGAGAGCCAGACGAAGACGCUGAAAGAAGGAUACACAGUCACUGGCAGGGUUCUGGGUAAUCUUGCAAAAACAUACGUGGACACCAUCUCUAGUGGGUCUGUGCCAUGUCUGGAGAACGCUGUGAUCGCUAUGGCAACGAUUGAGAAUGAGGCUGCAGUGAAAGAAGGGCUUGAGGUCUACAAGAGUGGAAUGGAGAAGCUGAAGAACUCCUUUCCCUUGGAACUGAAGGAUGUGUCCUCAGAACACCAACAGCUCAGCAACCUGGCAACACAAACCUUCAUGAAGCGUUCAUUCAGGGACACUGAUGGGACGUACCUAAACUCUCUUAAGGUAUGA